AUGUUGUGUCUUCCCGUUCUCUAUGCGGGGCUGGUCUUCUGGGCGUCUUCUGGACUGGCGGAAGAAGCGCCUCCUGGUGACUACUCAGAGUAUGGAGAGGUCCUUGACCUGCCUCCGACCUGUGACGUCAUGUUCCUGAAGACGUGUGAGGAAGAGGAGGACGGCUGUAUUCUGGCCACUGAGCAUCGCUUCACGGAAAACGGUACCACGAUAAAGCUCCAGAGGAGGCAGUGCACUACCUACUCAAACUGCCAGACGGCGCAGCUGCUCUACCACAACAGCACCAACCUGGCCUACUUCCAACUGGCGCUGGGGAAAAACUUCACCAUGGACAUCCACUGUUGCCAAGGCGACGGCUGUAACGAGGUCGCGGACGUUGCUAUGACGACCGGUGCUGCCAUGACAACCGGUAACAGCACGGCAAUGGCCACGACGGAGAGCAAAUGUAAGAACUUGUCAAGACGAUCUCUGGGACCACAGGAGUCUUACGAACUCACCAUGAAGUUCGUCUUUGCUGUUGUAACCGUGUCUGCUGUGCUGGCUGGAGCCGCGGCUCUGAAGUGUUACCAGUGCUCGUUGAAGGACUCGGACGCCAACUGUAACAGCGGCGGGCCCAGUCAGUGUAGUAAUGCCGAGGCGGACACCUGCACCACCCUGUCUGCUAAAUCAGGAAAGUUGAAGACCAUCACCAAAUCCUGCGGUUUGAGAGAGAACUGCGGGAGACUGAGCAUGCUGGCGGCAGCUACCACUUGCAAAGCCAGCUUAGAGAACGUUUCAGGGUGCCUGGAGUGUUGCCAGGGAGACGGCUGUAACUCUGUGACGUCAUUCCGCAGUGACGGAGCCAUCACAUCAGUCAGCGUUAUGGCAACCGUCACCAUGGCAACUUUAGCUUGCAUAGUUCACGUGAUGUGA